AUGCCUCCCAAGGGGAAGAAAACCAAGGCCGAGGAGGCUCUCGCCUUCCUCGAUGACCUGGACAAUCUCGAGGCUCCUCCCGUCCCCCCUGAGAUCGACGCUCCCACCCAGCAGCCUACACGACCCUCAAACGACAGUACGCGCAAAUCCGAGUCGGCGGAGGGAGAACCAGCGGCCGAUAAGGAGGCAGAGGAUGCUCUCGCCUUCCUCGAGUCGCAAAUCAAGCAGAAGCGUUCCCCGCUGAGCGGACCCAGCGCUUCUCGUACGGGAAGCCCUCAGCUUGCCGGCCCUUCGUCUGUCUCCACUUCCAAAUCAGUUGCGCCCGAUGUGCCCAACCCCCCGCCACCUCCUGCUCCCCCGGCUUCUGGCUCGUUCUGGGGCAACGCCUCGAGUCUCUGGUCCAGCGCAUCGUCCGCCCUUCAAUCGGCUCAACGCGUCGCCGAGGAGCAGUACAGCAAGGUGAAGACAGAGGGUGUUUCCGGUCUUCGCGACCAGCUCGAUCACCUGCAAGUGGGAGGUGUUGACCUAGCUAGGCUCCGGAAGGAUGCUGAGGAGCGUAUCGGCGCAGCCGUUAAAGGUGUCGGGAAUGUCGACCUCGAAAAGCUUCGCAGCGACUUGCUCAAUCAAGCCGGCUCAACUUUCACGACGUUGAUCAACACGGUUGCCCCUCCUAUCUCAGCUCACGAGACCAUCGAGCUCUGGUUCUCGCAUACCAUGGUGGGCUACGACGGCGUCGAGGGCGUCGUAUACCGCGCUUGGACCUCGAUCCUUGAGCAAACCGAAUCAGGGGAACUCGUCAUCGUGUGGUCCCCCCCGGAGAGUUCAUUGCCGGAAGAACGGACGCUUAACCCGGUCGAUGGCUGGGAGGCGGGGUGGACGUCGGCGCAGGCGGAGACCGACGCCCUUCGAAGCCGAGAGGAGAAGAGCCUUCAGCACAAGCAACAAGAGCAGAAAGAUGGCCCGGUUACGACUAUUCCGGUUUUCCUUCAACUGCAGCCCUUACUUGCUCCUUUGCCAGUUCCUCAACCUCCCCUUCACAUUUCGAAAUCGUCAAGCGGUUCUGAUGUGCCGAAACAGUUGUAUUUCAUCGUCUCCCUAAGGGAUCCCGUCAACGACAUUCAAUUUACCUCUGUCUCUCAACCUGCCCCUGGUGAUUGGCUUGACGUCCCGUACGAGCGGAGCGACUGGGUUGAGGAGCGUCUCGUCGAUGUCAUCCGGACCAGUGUUGAGAUCGUGGCUCAGGAUUACGUUUCCACUCGCAUGGGUCUCAAACCUUCAUCGACGGUGCCAGUGACUCCGGCUGAGCCUGAGAGUGAAGGAAAGUAG